AUGGCUAAUCUCUUUGGAUUAGUGAGAAUAAUGUUAAUUGUUGCUGGACUUUGGCCCUUGGAAAUUCCGAACGUUUCAACUUUUUGGCAAAGAUUAUAUAAACUGUAUUAUGCAUUUUCUUUUGGAAUAUAUGUAACUUUUCCAUUUCCUUUUAUUUGCGCUUUGAUUAAUGAUAUAGAAAAUCAACAACCUCGAGUUUUAGAAGAAUUUUCACGAUUGGUCUUCGUAAUUAUGAUAAUAUUUAAAAUGAUGAUAAUCCGGUCUCAAAAAAUUAAAGACAUGAUAAUAUUACUAUCUUCUGAUGAGAAAAAAAUACUACUUAAUAAGGAUAGGUAUAUUUUACGUAUAUACCAGUUUCAUGUUGGUUAUUGUAAGAAAAUAAUUUUCUUUGUUGCCGCAUCUUUGUAUGUAACUGGAUCUAUUAACGUUUUGAAUGGUUUUUUUGAGCUAUAUAAAUGGAGUAAAGUAAAUCAGCUGCCCAAGGAAAAAGGUCCAAAACCUCAUUUAGUGCCAUUUUGGUUUCCAUUUAAUAAAGAUAAGUAUUACGUGCUGUUCAUGACUUAUGAAGUAUGGCAUAUUGUACAAACUUUGACCGUAAAUGGAGCUGUACAGGCCCUUAUUAAUGCUGUUAUGGUGUUCUUAAGAGCUAACUUAAAGAUAUUGCAGUACCAUAUUAAGAAUUUUGAUGGAAACUGUAAUAUUAACAGUAGGGAGGAUUAUAUAAAGUGUGCCACUAAGAGCCUAACUGGAUUGAUUCUCAGGCAUCAGCAGUUAAUUAAAUGGGUUAAGGACUUAGACAGCUCUUUUAAGAACAUUUUCUUAAUUGAAUAUUCUGUAACCUCAAUACAGCUCGCAACGGUGCUUAUACAAAUAAUAGAGCUGGUUCAUAUACCAUUUAAUGGAACAUUCUUUAUACAUUGCACUUUACAGCUGCUUGCAAUUUGCUGGAACGCCAACGAAAUUAUUAUAGAGAGUUCUACGGGUCUUCUGGAAGCUCUCUAUAGUAGCAAUUGGUUUAACCAACCAAAACAAAUAUCUUUUUUGAUAUACUUUAUGAUGAUACGCUGCGGACGACCUUUGUCUCUGCGAAUAGGACCCUUUGGAAACAUGGAUUUGAAUGCCGCUUUAUCAAGGGUGAAGCUGGCUUACUCGUGCGUUUCAGUAUUAAAGGCGUAAAGACACAGAUUUACUAUGUAUGGCUAAUAUGACAAAUCGAGAUAUUUUAAACUUUGUAGCUUAGAUAAAAUAUUAGAAAAA